AUGGAGGCGGCGGCCGCUGCUGCGGCCAUGGGCGGGGAGGAGGACGGGAGGGGUCGGAAGGGAAGCUGGUACGCGGUGGGGGAGCGCGCGGUGCUGGUGCCGUACCUGCGGGAGCACGUCCCGCGGUACCACGAGUGGAUGCAGGACCCGGCUCUGCUGGAGGCCACCGCGUCGGAGCCGCUCUCCCUCGCCCAGGAGUUCGAGGUCCACCGCUCCUGGACCCUCGACCCUCUCAAACAUACUUUCAUAGUGCUGGAUAAGGAGUUGAUCGAGGGAGAGUUCGUAGUCGGGAACCCACACACUGAAGCUAUGAUUGGCGAUGUCAACAUCUAUAUGAAUGACCCUGAUGAUUUGGAACUUGCGGAGAUAGAGAUUAUGAUAGCUGAACAAAAGAGCCGUGGAAAGGGACUAGGUCAAGAAGUGACCUUAAUGAUGAUGUCAUUUGCAGUAGAGAAAUACGGAAUUCACACUUUCAGAGCAAAAAUUAGUGACUCAAAUACUGCAUCGUUAAAGCUCUUCAGAAAAUUGGGCUUCAAGGAUGCUUCCCAUAGUGCAGUUUUUAAGGAGGUGACAUUGGAGGCGCCUGCAGCUGAACUCCCGUUGAGCUCUCCUCUGACCAUAGGAAGCUGGUGA